GUCUGCAUUAAAAGCUGAACCAAGACGUAAUACAUAAACCCACUCCUCCAUUCCGACGUCACAGCAUUUGAAUCAGCGGUUGGUUCACCUGGUUCACCAUUUACCAUUACCAAGGAUGACCUGGUAGAGGUGCCUGUCUCGCUGUUUACCACGUUUACCAAAUAUUUAACCACAAUAAUCGUAAAUCAACAGUUCUGCUUAAAAUGUGAGUGCUUGCAGCGAAAUACCAGCGACAUUAUAUCACAAAUAGACCAAUGGCGGAGUUCCUGCAGUAUGACUGGCGCCCCCAUAAAAUCGUCCCGGAGCCGGCGCCCCGCAGUGAGCCCCUCGACAAAUCGGUCUCAAUCCAGGCCUUAAGACAGAUGAUCCAACAAUCAACUGACUUGGAACUUAAAAAUAACAUUCCCCAAGACGAUAAAACCCUCCUCAAGUUCCUCUUUGCCCGGAAAUUCAACAUUCCAGACACCUAUCUUCUGGUCCAGAAUUAUUACUACUACCGGAAGAAAAACCACAUAAUUUUCGAAAAUUUCACUCCAAGCGCCCCCGACAUUAAAAACGCCCUGGAAAGCAGUCUCCCAGGCGUUUUACCCUCGAAAGACCGCAAAGGACGCUGCGUUUUAAUCCUGAACGCAACAAACUGGGAUUGUAACUACUCCUUAAUCAGUAUUUAUCGCGCGAUUUUGCUAAGUUUGGAGCACUUAGUGAACGAAGUGCACAACCAGGCCAGAGGCUUCGUCGUUAUAGUCGACUGGACGGAAUUUUCCUUCCGCCAAAGUACAAAUUUGAAACCUUCGAUACUUAAAUUAAUGAUCGAGGGUUUGCAGGACUGUUUCCCCGCGAAAUUCAAAGGGAUUCAUUUUAUUGGCCAGCCGUGGUACGUCGAAGCCGCCUUGACUUUCAUCAAACCGUUUUUGAAGGAGAAAAUCAAGGAACGGAUUUUCGUACAUGGGAAUAAUCUGAGUACUUUACACGAUUAUGUGCACAAGGAUAUUUUACCGGCUGAGUUAGGCGGGGAACAACCGAGUUACAAUCCCGAAAUUUGGAUUAAAAAUUUGGGGGAGGAAAAUGGCAACGACGCAAAGCCAAAGCAGGGAUUUUAGGACGAUUUGGGCAUUGUAGUGGCUGCACUGCACAUGACAAUAAUUUGAACAAAGUGCUGUGAUUUAUGGAAUUGGCGCCAAAUAUUUUGUAGUUGCAAAAUAAAUGCUGAACUGAC